AACUGCAAAGCAAAGUGGUUUAUUCGAAAAGAUGUUACACUCUUAACUAAAAACUCCUUUUAAAAAGUUGUAUUAAAAAAUGUCAUUACCAUUUGAAAUAUAAAAACUAAGAAUCUGGGUUAAAUUAGUUUGGUUCAUGGCCUGAGUCUUUCGUUUGGCACCAUUCAAUUAAAUUCUACGAGAUUCGAAGCGUGCAAAAUCUACACACAUUCCAUUUUGACUUACCCAUGCAAAUGAGCUCCCAUGAAUAUUCAGUUAUGCAUUGGGAGCAAGCGUGGGACGAUCCGUAAUGCCAUCCCACUACUUUUCAUUUUGCACCACCCGCAGACGAAGAUGCUCCGCCAGAACACCAGCAUCAGUCUGCUGAACCUCAGCAUUGGCGACGGAGGAGGCGGCAAUGGCAAUGGCAAUACCGGUCAGGCACAGUGCCAAUCCCUGGACAUGGAUGCUCUGCCCAAGCAGUUUGUGCUGUCCAUGAAGAAGCUCUUCGACAUUCUGGACGACAAGCAGAGCGGCUACGUGCGCUACACGGACAUCGAAAAGGGCUGGCAGGACGACGGCUCCAAGGGACUGCCCCGUGGGGUGCUGGACUCACUGCGUCGGGUCACUCCCAGCAGUGGGCUGCUCUCCUUCGAGCGCUUCUGCGCGGGACUAAAGUUGUGCCUGCUCCGAAAUCAGCAGCAGGCCCUGGGAGAAGUGAAGAUGCGGCCUCGUUCCCAGGCGAACAUGGCUCCGGAGAUGGACUACAGUUCUCCGGCUCCACCGCCCAAGCCGCCACGUCAGGUGGCCACAUCGCCGCCUGCCCUGGGAAAGGUAGACAUACGCCAUGCCCUGCAAAAUUGGCAGCUCAAUCUAAUGGCGGAUGCAGGAAAGACCAAGGCGCCGCAGACAAGGGAGCAGUUUGAGCACCGGGGAUCCGCGGAUGGCGGCUCCUCCUCAACCUCCGCCUCGGCCACCGAUUGGAGCCUGGCCGCCCUUCCCGCCUUGCCCAAGAAGUCGAGCAGCAAGCGCCGGGAGUCGCGAAGGCACACGCUUCAAAAUGGGAUCGAUUACAACAUGCUUAAGCGAAUGAAGCAGCUGGAGGAGCAACGGGAACUGCUCUUGUUUGGCCUGGAUGGCGUGGAGAAGGCGCGCGACUGGUACAUGCAGCAAGUGCUUAAUGUCCAGGAGCAGAUCAAGUAUUUCGGUCGCUCGGGAACCAGAUUUGAGCAGUGGUCUGAGCUGCAGCAGGAGCGACUCAACUUCCAGCGUGGUCGUGUUCUGGAGGCCAAUCGCAGUCUCCAGAUCCUGGCGGACACCUGGGAGCACGGCGGCUACCCACUGCACAUUAACCUGGCCCUGCCGACGGCCGCCGUAUCGAAACCCCGACAGAUGUCCGAUCUUCUAAACCGCGUCCGCGAGAAGCCGCCUCUCCUGUCGGAUCUGUACGAGCCACAGCACUCCCAUCCGCACCCGCACCCGCAGUUCCUGCGUGCCAUGUCCAACUUUGUGCUCAGUCAGCCCUCGCCCGUCAGCCAAUCCUCCGCCGGACUUGGUGACGCCGAUGUGGUCUACUGAACAACCAAGAUAGCUUACUUUGUAAAUAGUGUAUUAUUAAACGACUCAAUCUCUAAACUAGAGGGGAUUUGGGUAGCGGCGCAUGUA